AUGGGGAAGGCCCAAGGCUCCCCGGGAAGGGGGCCCCCGGAGGGAACGUUUGGAGCCCGCGGCGGGGCUCAAGGCCUGCGCGGACCCCGGGGACCCCCCUCCCCCGCUCUCCCGGGACUGCGGCGGCGGGAGGGGGGGGGCCUGCAUCCCACUUUCCGCCUUUCCUCUUCGCAGGCCGUGUUCGCACAGCUGGUGGCCCAAGAUGUACAGCUGACUGAAGGGCCCCUGCGCUGGUACAGCGACCCAGGCCUGGCAGGGGUGUUCCUGGGGCCCGGCCUGAGCUACGACCAGCACUCGCGGGAGCUGAUGGUGGCAGAGCCUGGCGUCUACUAUGUUUUCUUGCACCUGAAGCUGCAACGGGUGGUAUCCAGCUUCGGCUCGGGCUCUGUCUCCGUUGCCCUGCACCUGCAGCCCCUGGGCGCUGGGGCUGCGGCCCUGGCCCUGACCUUGGACCUGCCGCCUCCAUCCUCCAAAGCCCCGGACUCAGCCUCUGGUUUCCGAAGCAGCCUGCUGCACCUGGGCGCAGGCCAGCGCCUGGGCGUUCACCUGCGCGCAGAGGCGGGGACACACCUUGCCUGGCAGCUUGCGCAGGGCGCCACGAUCUUGGGCCUCUUCCGAGUGGCCACCAAAGUCCCUGCUGGACUCUCCCUGCCGCCAUGGCCCAUUGACACUGGGCCUGGGUACCCCCCGCCGGACAGAGAAUGAAUGCUGCCUUCUUUCACCGGGGCUCUUGGUGACGCCCGGCCACUCUACCUCACCCGGCUUGGCAGGGGUCCCCGCUGCUGACCCCCUCCUCGAGGACUCUCCAAUGGGACUCUCUCCCACUCCUGCCUCAAGUCGAACUUUUGGUAUUUAUUCUGAGCCUGAGCUCAACGGCAUACUUUAUAUUAGUCCAUUGUAUUAAUCCAUUCAAUGUAUAUUUAUUGAACAUCUUCUAUAUGCCAGGCCCUGUGCAGGGCUGGAGACAGAGCAGCAAACAACAGGAAAAAACAAAACAAAACAAAAAACUAUUUAUGUCAAUAUGUGAGAAAUAAAGACUCAUCUACAGCCCUGCUGCGGCUUUCAAGGGGCUAGUCUUUGGGGGGUCCGUGUGACUACGCUGUGUGACCUUCACGCAUGGAGUUUGUUUUGAGCAUCUCCUGUGUCGUCAGGCACUGUUUGAGAUGUUGGGGACACAGCCCUGAGCAGGCCAGAUAGCCCAGCUUUUGCCAAGCUGGCCGUCAGGUAUGCCCGCCUGACCCUGUUAACCAUGACUGCGUGCGACCCUGUAUGACCAGACCACGUGGGGGGCGUGAGGUCGGGCAUGGCACGGGGUUAAACAAUACUUACAAACUUAAUGACUACGAAAUAUUGAGGCUUUGUUGCAUGCCAGGCAGCGUGAGUUACCUUCAAUGAGACCUAACUAUCCUAUACUUUAGGGAUUUCUUUCCCAUCUUAUUAUUAUUUGGGCUCCUGAAGUCACCUACUUCUCGUAUCUGUGGCGGAGGUGUCGUGGAACACCAUUCUGCAGGACCUGGCUUGCCGACUGUGUUCCGUGACCUCACGCUGGUAACUUAAAAUCAGCCAAGAGGCAUCUGCCUGCAAAGGCUUCAGGUCGGCUUCAUGUAUUGUGUAUGGAUCAUCUGUUUAAGACAGCGAUGGAGAAGAUGAUGUUAAACAUGUAGAUUAUGUUUAAAAGUGUGUCUUGUCUUGGGCUGUUGCGUUGUGACUAGCACACGGAAAAUUGAGGAA